GCGCGUUUAGAAGAAGACCAACGUGGUUGUCUUAUCUCGUCGUCGUGUCUUCACUUUGUAAAGUUUAUGUUUUAUCUACUUUAAUUUUGGAAAUGACUGAAGGUAAAGUAGAAACGGCAGCUAAGCCGUCCAAAGAGCUUCUGUCUCUGAAUCCCGAACAAGAGUCCGAGUUCAAGAAAAAGGUGCAGUUGGUGAGGAAAUCUAAGAAGGGAAGUAGUUUAACCCCCGGAGUGAUUUAUGUCGGCUGCCUACCUGUUGGGCUGUUUGAGCCUCAGCUCAAGUCUUACUUUGAACAGUUUGGGAAAGUUCUGAGGCUUCGACUGUCAAGGAGUAAAAAGACAGGUGGCAGUAAAGGUUAUGCAUUUGUUGAGUUUGAAUGUGAUGAUGUCGCCAACAUCGUUGCUGAAACCAUGAAUAAUUACCUUAUGGGAGAGCGACUCAUCAAAUGUCAUAUCAUUCCUCCGGAGAAAGUACAUGAGAAGCUGUUUGUUGGUUCACAAAGGACAUUUAAAAAACCCUCAUAUCCUGCUGUAGCAAGAUACAACAAGAAACACACACCAGAAGCAGUUGCCAAGAUGACUGAAAAGCUCCUGCGCAAAGAGACGAAGCUCCGUAAGAGGCUUGCAGCACAUGGCAUUGGUUAUGACUUCCCAGGAUUCACAGCUCAGGUUCCCCGGAAGAAAAAACCAUCUGAUAAAUCGGGCACAUCCACAAGUUCUGAUGAAACCACACCAGUGUGCACACCCUCUGUGCUGGAGCGGAGGAAGUUGGCCGCCGUCGAUGAUGAUGACGACAUAGAUGAUGAGAUUGUCAUUAAGAUGCCACCUCCAGUGUGCAGAGGGAAUGAAGCUGAAGAGGUUUCCACAGAGGAAGAAGGCAGUGACGAGGACUUGGAGAACAAAACCCUCUCUGAUGAGGGUGCAGAAGAUGAAGAGGUGGAGUGACAGUCCUCACUGUCUUUCUAUGAACUCAGCAGAUGCAUCAUGUCUGUGAUUUAGAUUUUCUUUUCAAGUGACGUAAUAGUUUAACUUUUGAACUGUGUGGGGACAUAUGUGUCUUCCAGUAUAUGUAAAUUUACAAAGGAGCCCAUAAGAAUGAUUCUGUCAUAAUUGUGGGUAUUAACAGAGGUCUAAGGUCGUGACAUUGUCCCAAAUGAGCUGCUCUGCUGGAUUUGCAUAAUGUGGCAUCUUUCCAUUUCAGCUUGAGAUCAGGCUGUGAACUUUACCAUCGGGUACUGCAGUGUUGCUGUAAUCCAUGUGUGUGCUCCUUUGUAGCAUUAACGUGCUUUAAUAACGGGGUACACUAAGUUCAAAUGGGUUGGCUUUUUUAAAAAUAGUUGCUAUGAUUUUUGUCAAUAAAUAAUGUAUUCUUGAUUUUUUUUUCAUUAUACCUCA